UGGUUCGCAGAUAAUACGGUUAUCAUAAUGACGAUGAUUAUGACAAUGCGUAAUAAAUCCAAUAAAAAAUGUUUUCUUUUCACGGUCAGAAGUACCGGUAAGCGUUUUUAAAGAAAUGCCAACAGACUAUGGAGACGAACACCACACCGUCAUACGAUGAGGAUAUUUCGAGUAAUGUUUCAGUUAUAGAAUAUGUAUUGUUCGGUAUACUUGUCAUCUUGUGUUUCAUCUUAGUCAUCUUAAUGGUGAAGGUACUCCAAAGAUAUAGAGAAUACGGAUACUGCAUAAAAAUAGAGAAUGUUCCGACAAUCCGAAGACUGGAUUCAGAAUAUAAUCGCCAAACUGCUCUAGCUCGAAUUGAACUACCUCCAGAUUACCAAGCUGCUACUCUGCCACCGCCAGGUGGCGGCAAUCAUGAUCGCGAGGAAAAUCAGACAGAUCAGACAGUGGUGAAUGAGAAUGAACGGCCGCCCUCAUAUGGUACUGUGAUGAAAAAUAGAUUUAGUAAACAUUUGUCGAGGUUUCUUACUUCCAUGAGGAAAAAGAAUCAAAAUAAUUCAACCGAAUCACAAGAGGGUCAGCCGCAGCCAGCUUUAGUACCAAGUGCAAUGGGUGAAGAACACGUUUGACCAUGGGUUAAUUUUAUUUUAUUUUUGUUUUGAACUCUGUUUAUAGUCGGUGGCUCUUACAGUCUGGCCCGGAUACAUAGUGGUCAACUUUUCUCUGUAUGUAUUUUGUUGUAUAAUAUAUGUAGUGUAAAUAUGUUAAAUGUAAAUGUACGCUUCAUGCACAUUAAUAAUAGGCCUAGAUCAUUAAACAUUAUUUUUUUUUAAAUCUAACUGAUUAGCCUACAUAACACCUAAUAGUUUACGAUUACUGGCGGUCCUAUUAUAGGU